CAACUUGCAAAAGUAAUAAGGCUUCAAGAAUCAAGACAGCAUCAAACCUAUAGAGUAUUUUUUCACUAGGAGUAUAAAUAACAAUAACAUUAUCUUCUACUAAAAAACUAAAUUAGAUUACCCUUUUCUCCAUUUCUUCCACAUAAAAUCAUCAAUUUUCACUUCCAACACAUUUUCAACCAUGUGAAAAACAACAAAACAAAAGUGUUGUGUUUUCUUUGUUUUUUGUUGGAUCUCUAAACCAUGAAACUCAGCAACAACAACAAAGUUUCCAUGCCAACUUCAACUUCACCAUUAAACUCCGGCGACAACUUCAUCUCCGACCAGUUUCCGGCGGGUCUCCGUGUACUUGUUGUCGAUGAUGACCCAACCUGUCUCAUGAUCCUUGAAAGGAUGCUUCGUUUUUGCCUCUACGAAGUUACCAAAUGCAAGAGAGCCGAGGUUGCAUUAUCACUUCUUAGAGAGAACAAAAAUGGGUUUGACAUUGUUUUAAGUGAUGUGCAUAUGCCUGAUAUGGAUGGAUUCAAACUUUUAGAACAUAUUGGAUUGGAGAUGGAUCUUCCUGUUAUUAUGAUGUCGGCUGAUGAUGGAAAAAAUGUGGUAAUGAAAGGUGUGACACAUGGUGCUUGUGAUUAUCUAAUCAAACCGGUGAGAAUUGAGGCUUUGAAGAAUAUAUGGCAGCAUGUGGUUAGGAAGAGAACGAAUAAGUGGAAGGAUGUGAAGCAAUCUGGUGGAUUAGAUGAAAGAGAUCGAGAAAAAAAGGUGUCCAGUGAUGCUGAUUACUCAUCUUCAGCUAAUGAAGGCAAGAGCUCGUCAAAGAAGAGGAGGGAUGAGGAAGAUGAAACAGAUGAGAGGGAUGAUUCUUCCACGUCAAAGAAGCCACGAGUUGUUUGGUCUAUUGAGCUCCACCAACAGUUUAUGGCUGUUGUGAAUCAAUUGGGAUUAGACAAGGCUGUUCCUAAAAAGAUUAUGGAAAUGAUGAAUGUUCCUGGGCUCACUAGAGAAAACGUUGCUAGUCAUCUUCAGAAAUACCGUUUGUAUCUUCGACGGUUGAGCGGAGUUUCCCAGCAGCAGAGUAACUUGAACAACCCCUUCAUGAAUCCACAAGAGUCAAUAUUUGGGGCAACGCCAAUAAAUGGAAUUGAUCUUCAAACUCUUUCAACUUCUGGCCACCUCUCGCCUCAAAAUCUAGCCAAGCUUCAAGCGGCAGGACUUUUCAGUUCUGAGAACUCAAAACUAAGAUUUGGAGAAGGACAACUGCAACAUAUGAGCAGCAUUAAACCGACGAACUUUCUUCACGGGAUCCCUAUCAACAUGGAGCCAAAACAGUUUGCCAAUUUCCAUCAAUCUGCUCAAUCAUUUAGCAGCACGAACACGCGAGUCAAUGCUUCUUCUCCAAAGAGAAGCCCCUGGUUGAUGCAGAUGGCUCAGUCUCAACCAAGAGGUCAUAUGCUAAAUGAGAAUAUCAAUUCUCAUACUACAAGGUUUCCAUCAUCUUCGAUGCAACCUACAGGACCAAAUGGAAUAUCAGUCAAUAGUUUCCCUCUUAGAUGCACUCCGGGUUCAUCCAGUAGCAGUUCAAAAGGUGCAUUUCAUGCGGAAGCUACUUCGGGAAUUAAAGAAUCAGGUGGAUUUAGUUAUGAUAUUUUUAAUGAACUUCAUCAGAAGUCCAACAAUUGGUGCUUAGCAAAUACAGGCCUGUCAUAUGAUGCUUCUCAACAUGCAAAUCCUUUACAAGGCAGCAUUGAUGUCUCGCCGCCGAUUUUAGGCAAUGGUGGUUUUCACUCUAUCCAACAGACUCGACAAAAUAGAGAUGGUAUGAGUCAAGGUAGUCUUCAAAAUGUUGGUCAACACCUCAAUACACCUUUUUUUGACAAUUCAUUAAGGGUUAAGAGCGAAAGAAUUCUGGAUACAAACUCCGAGAUUAACCCUUUCUCUGAUCAAUUCAGUCAAGAGGAUCUCAUGAGUGCAUUUCUGAAUCAGCACGAAGGCAUUGGUCCACUUGAAAAUGAGUUUGACUUUGAUGGAUAUUCCUUAGACAACAUUCCGGUUUAUAAUAGAUCAUGUUAGUUCUCUUUCUAAUUGUAGUUGCCAAUGUAAAUAGUUGGUGCGCCACAUGAAUCUAAUCAUCAUUAUGCAAUUGGCUAGCUCA